UAUCUGCCCUUGCUGUGAAUUUUCUGACCGGACUACCCAUCAAUUCCGAAGAAAAUGAUACCAGCCCUCUAACUGUUCACCUUCGUAGAGUCGGUUCGCAAGUUGGGAAUAACGUUGCGAAAGAGGAGAACGUUGAACAUUAUCUUAUUGCUUACAAGCAUGAUUCGCUUAUAGUCGGCUUUCUAAUACCCUGUAGCAAACCGUCAAUGUCCACUAACAUCCGAAGCUUGGGUUUCUAUCAAGCCCUUUAUGAUUAUUUGUCUACCCAAAUCGAAGGCAUAAGCAAUCUUUUGAAAGAGGGCAAUGAUCAUUCGAGGAAAACUGGAGCGGAUGUGGAUAGAGAAUAUCGAUACUUGUUUUGUAACAAGUUAACGUUGGCCGUAAGAUCGUCUAUUUAUUCACCGGUUGGCAAAGGUCUUGCCAUCAAUUCAGAGAUGGCGCACGUUCUAUGUGACUUGCACGAAGAUAUGGAAAAAUAUCAAAAUUUGACAGAAAUCUAUUCACGAUCGUCGAAUAACUUUUGGGUAGUUGGCAAGAGACAUGAUGGCCUCGAACUGUACGUAAUAGUCGAGAAGAAAGACGCAAAGUUGGCCGAAGUUGAAGAGGAUGUAAGAAGACUAACAGCCUUGUAUUUCUCUGGUAUAUUUAUGGAUUGA